AUUAUGUCAUUCGAGCUCGAGGAGUUGUGGGGAGAGGAACAUGAACGGAUUUAUAGGUUUUGUGCUAGUGUUGGUCUCGUGACAGUGGGAAUGGUGCGAAUUUAUUUAAUUGUAUUCAUUUAUAUUGCAAGAUGAAUGUAUUAAGAAGAAAGUGAUCUUAGUAAAUAACACAUAAAAUGCAUACAUUGUGGUUAACCGGAAGACUUUUGUCGCGAGCGAUAUUAAAUGGCAUUUCGAAUUUAUCCGCAGCAGACCCUAAUAUUCAAAGGAAAUCGGAGCCCUACAUAGUGUCUGCUGUGUGUGGUUUUUCGAAAGAUAGAAAACUUCAAAGACUGAUCAAAGGACAAUUUGGUGAUGACUCCUGGUUCACCGCUAAAUACAAGACCGCUGAUGUUUUAGGAGUUGCUGAUGGUGUGGGUGGUUGGAGGGCCUAUGGAAUUGAUCCAGGAGAGUUCUCCUUUCAUCUAAUGCGUGCUUGCGAAAAUUUAGUUAAAUUAGGACGUUUUAACCCCAAUAACCCUUCUGAGUUACUUGCAAGAAGUUACUACGAACUUUUGCACCACAAGAAGGCCAUUUUAGGUAGUAGCACAGCAUGUGUGGUGGUAUUAAAUCGAGAAAAUAGUACACUUUACACUGCCAAUAUUGGAGAUAGCGGAUUCAUGGUAGUCCGUAAGGGUAGAGUCAUCCACAAGUCAGAAGAGCAGCAACAUUACUUUAAUACACCUUUCCAGCUAUCCCUUCCACCCCCUGGAUACCGAGCUGAGGUCCUGUCAGAUCAACCAGACUCCGCAAUUACUAAUAAUUUUCCAGUCGAAGAUGGUGACGUCAUCCUGGUAGCCACAGACGGAGUUUUCGAUAAUCUUCCCCAAAAUCUUCUAGUUAAAGAAUUAUGUAAGGUGCAAGGCGAACGCUGUGCAAGUAGAUUACAAAUGGUAGCGAAUUCGAUAGCUUGGAUGGCACGAAGUCUUUCUUUUGACGAAACAUUCAUUUCACCAUUUGCCGAAAGUGCUUUCGCCAACGGCAUCAAUGCCAUAGGUGGCAAGCCGGACGAUAUUACGGUAAUUUUGGCGACUGUAGCGAUAUGAUCGUAGAUCAGGUCCUCUGUUAGAAAACCUCGAGUUGUAGGGUCGUUUUCUGCUCAUUAUGAAUUACCAUCCUCGCGUUCUUGACUCGCUUACAAGCGUUUUAGUUUGUUCGUGUUCGAUGGUACAUAUGUAAUAACAUAUCCGACCGUUAGCUGUCGCCUUUUUUCAUUUUCAAGCCGAAAUGCGCGACAUCUCGAGACACUAGUAUGAAUCAACAGUAAAAGUAGUAGGUCAUCCGUUAUUUAUUCGCACUCACUCAUGAAAAAAACAUGGUUGUGAUAUGAUAGAUAAAGAAGAAAUAAGAUACAUUAUGAUGUAAUAAAAGGAAAAAUAUUACGAACAAAAAAAUAACGACAAAAGCCUUUUGCUUUGGUCCCGACUUACUUGUUAUUAUUUUUAUUGCUUUUGGGCAUAACGGAGGGGAAUCACCGCGAAAUAACGUUUCCCUGGUAACUGGUACAAUGAGUCACGUUCUUAUUUUUGAUUGUUUAGGCAAAUGUUUGCUACACAUAUAGUGCAUUUAAUAAUUAAAGUGAAAAUUAACGAAUUUUAUUUGUUCAAUUAUUUUUUAAUGUGGUCGUUUUUCCGAUAGCUUUUAUAUGAAAUUUUAAUAGUAAUAAAAUGAGAGAAUGUGGGACACGUUGUAUAUUAACUUUAAUCAUUUAUUUCAGUAUUUUAUUUUCUUGACUUACUACAAAAUAAUAACUUCUACUAUGUUUAUGAUAAUGUGCAAAAUUAAAAAAAUGAGCAGUCACUUUAAGAAUUUUUAAAAUUCAGUGAAUUGCCAUAAUUUUAUCGUUUCUUUAUAAUAAUUUAAAUAAAUGUAAUUAAUUGGCCUCGAGAACAAUAUAUUGUGAUAUCAGGAUCAAGCCCUUUAAUGCAUUGAUGCUACAAACAUAACAAAAACAUUGAUUGAUAUUAAUAUUAAAAGAAAUAUUGCCAAUUAUAAAUCAUUAGUCAAGGGUUUUUUUUACUUAGCUGACGCAUUAAAAUUUAUAAAAGCGUCGCAAAUGGAGUAGGGGUAAGUGGUGUAAUUAAGAACACUUAAAAUUUUACUAACAAAAAGUCCACUGUAAAAUGAAAACAUGUAAAUGCAUUAAAAUGAAUUAUUUUAAGUUAAAAUAUUGCUUAAUCGUUUAUAGUUUCUUAAAGUCCAGUAGGGUUAACAAAAUUCUGCGUGGACUAAAUAGAAUUAAUAUUUAUAUGAUAUCGAAAACCUAAGAAUCCGUGCAUUUUCUUUUUUUUAUCUUUAAGAAAUAUGAAUUUUAUUGUAUAUUCGUUCUCAGUUGCCCCACUUGCCCUAACUAAACGUAAAUUAAAAGUGGUAUUAAUUGCCUAUACCUUUAUAUUGUGAUAAAAUAUGACUAAAUGAUUGAUUAUUCCCUCAUUUAGUGGGCAUAAGUAUGUGAAUUUAAGAUUGUUGCUCAGUUUAAAUUUAAAAAAGUAAGUCAUUUUUGUGGGUGAAUUGCUUAAAAAAUAUUUAAUAUAUUUGGGAUAUUGACCUUUUGGUUUGUCUUUGCUACUUUUUUAAUUCAGUUAGUAAUUAAUGUUGCCUUUUAUAAUUCAGUAUUUGUUGUACCAAUUCUCCACUCACUUAUUGUGUAUGUAUUUUUAUUUUAUUUUUAUUAUUUUAUUUAAGAAGGCUACAUGAACGGUAACGGCGGGCUAUAGCUAGCCUCAAAAAAAGUAUAUGAUGCCAUUAGUGUUCUGCCAUUACCGAUCGUCUAGCCACGGUCUUUUUUUUUGUUGUACCCUUUUAGGUAUAUUUUAUUCGUUCGUUUUCUAAGUUAGUAUUUUCUUUAGAAUGUUAUACCUAUUACUAGACAAUAAAAACAAAAACAAAACCAUAAUGUCUUGAAAUCGUGAUGUCAGAACGAUUAUAUGAAUUGUUUUAAACAUAAAAAAAGCAAAAAUGUUAAACUAAGAGCUUCACAUUAAUUACGAGAUAAUGAUUUUAUUAAUUAAAAGAAGUGAUUUGUGCUACCAAAAAAAUCCUUUAUAUAAGUAGAUGUGUGUGUGUGUCUGUUCGUCAUGUUUUCCUCUGUGUGAGUAUCAUAAGUCGUUGAAUUAAAAUUGAGCAGACUUUAUAGUUGAUUAAUAAAAAUAAUGUUACAAAA